CUGGACCUUCCAAGAGCUAUCAGGUGAGUUUGGAAAUUCUUCUUGUAAAAUCAUUAUGAAUAUUAAAUACAAUUUACUUCACAAACUUUUCUAAUUCUUCACUAGUUUUACUUGUGAUUAAAUAGUUCCUUUGGACCAAUAUUGAAUUUCAAAACGAGCGCUUCACUUUGAUUUUUCGAAAUGAAUUAUUUCGAGUCAAAUAUGAAAAUAUAUGAAACUGUACAUCAUCCCACAAUGGAUAUCUGAAACACUCUUAAUACUUUUAGUUUUGUUUUUUUUUUGCUUCAAGGGAUGGAUUUUUUUUUUCAUUCCGAUUUUUUCAAAGCUAAUCUGGAUUAUUGUCUUUAUAUACAGGUUGUUAUUCAAGUAUAUAGCCAAACUUCGAGGUGCGGUUCUCAAGGUGAUUCCAAGAUGAAAAAUUCAUAUGAACAUAGCUCCGGAAAUGCAUACAUUUCAAACAACAACAAAAUUUGUUAUUCCAUGGGAAUCGUUCAACUAAUGCUGUAGAAUUUUUGCAAUGUUAUCUAUAGUAGUAAGAGGCAGGUUUUGGUCAUAUUCAGAUUUGCAAAAGACAUUUUUCAGUUAAGAAAGUUCGACAUUGUGUAUUUUGAAAACUAUGCAUUUCUAGACCUAUGUUCACAUGAAUUUUUCGUCUCACAAUCGCCCAAGGAAUCACCUCUUAUAGUUUGACCAGAUACUUGAAUAACACCCUGUAUACUAGCCCAUUUGUUCCCAAAGGAAAGAUUAACUUGUAUAUCAUCAAAGUCUGUCUUUUUAAAAAAGUUUAUACUAUCAUUAUCUUCACCAAACUAUAAUUUCUAAUUUGUAAAAACACAUGUUUUUCUAACUCAGUUUCCUUCGAAACCGAAAUAUUGUUAUUACUAUCCGAAAGAAUUCAUUAAUUUUCUGUCAGUAUGGAAUUACUGGAAUGUUGUACUAUGUUGUAAUGGAUGAUUGUUCAAUCAAUCAUCAAAUUUUCAUAAAUGAAAUAAGUAUGUUCCAAAACUGUUCUAACAUCGGUAUAGAAUGCCUCCUCAUCACGCAUAUAAGAUGGUAUCUGCCCUCAACUGCAAUACAAGAGCGAAACAUCAUGGUAUGUGUUCUAAUCAAUCAACUCUUUCGUCCAGGCACAAUGAAGUCCUUAGCAAUCAUCCUCGCCUUGGGCUUGUUCGCUCAAAGUCAAGCCGCCAGCGUCUACGUGGACCGUUUCCUUCAACAGUACAACAAACUGCACGACCCAGCCAAUGGCUACUUCUCCAAGUGGGGAAUCCCCUACCACUCUGUAGAAACCCUCAUGGUAGAAGCCCCAGACCACGGCCACCAAACCACCUCAGAAGCUUACUCCUACUGGCUCUGGUUGGAAGCCUUACAUGGCAAAGUCACCAACAACUUCAGCUCUUUCAACGAUGCCUGGGCCAACAUGGAGCAGUACAUAAUCCCAGUGCACAAUAGCCAGACCGGCAACAACUACAACCCUGGAAAGCCAGCUACCUACUCCGCCGAGCUAGAUUAUCCCAGUGAGUACCCUUCUCCUAUGGAGUUCAACGUUCCUGUUGGCUCUGACCCCAUUUACCAAGAGCUGGUCAGCACCUAUGGCUCUGACGACGUUUACUCCAUGCACUGGCUGUUGGACGUUGACAACGUCUAUGGUUUCGGAAACCUGCCCGGUUCAUGUGAGUUGGGCCCUCAAGCAGACGGACCUUCCUACAUCAACACCUACCAAAGAGGACCGCAAGAAUCCGUCUGGAGGACCAUCCCUCAAACCACCUGUGACUCAUUCAAAUUUGGCGGUCGCAACGGUUUCUUGGACCUAUUCGUCGGAGAUAACAGCUACACCCAACAAUGGAAGUACUCUAACGCUCCUGAUGCUGAUGCCAGAGCAGUUCAAGCAGCCUUCUGGGCCUACACUUGGGCUAACGAGAACGGAAAAGCUAGCGACGUUGCCGCUACGGUCGAGAAAGCCGGUAAACUCGGGGACUACCUGCGUUACGCUCUUUUCGACAAAUACUUCAAGAGGAUCGGUAACUGCGUCGGGCCUUACAACUGUCCUGGUGGACAAGGCAAAGAGAGCGCCCACUACUUGAUCUCGUGGUACUUUGCUUGGGGAGCCGCCCUUUACGGAGGUUGGUCCUGGAGAAUCGGAGAUGGCGCUGCUCACUUCGGUUACCAGAAUCCCUUGGCCGCUUACGCUCUAUCCAACGUGGCCGCUAUGAGACCCAAGAGUGCCACUGGGGCUUCCGACUGGCAAACUUCUCUGGAAAGGCAGCUUGAGUUCUACCAGUACUUGCAAUCCGCAGAAGGAGCAUUCGCUGGAGGAGCUACCAACACCUGGAAUGGCAGAUAUGAUACCCCACCUUCCAAUUUGACCGCUAACACUUUCCACGGUAUGUUCUACGACUGGGAACCCGUGUACCACGACCCAGCAUCGAACAGAUGGUACGGUAUGCAACCCUGGUCCGUGGACCGUCUCGCUCAGUACUACUACGUCUCCGGAGAUGCCACAGCAAAGGCACUUUUGGACAAAUGGGUCAAAUGGAUCGUGUCCGAGAUCCAAUUCGUAGACGGUACCUACAAAGUACCCGAAUGGUUGGAAUGGACUGGGAUACCUCCAGAAGUCCACGUCACUGUUACCAGGCGAUCCAGCGAUGUUGGUACCGCUUCAGCAACUGCCAGAACUCUGUCCUACUACGCUGCCAAGAGCGGAGACAAUGAUGUCAAAGAAGUCGCUAAGAAACUGUUGGAUUUGAUCUGGGCCAAUUACCAAACCGACAAGGGUGUGUCUGUUGAAGAAGUCGUCGAGACCUACAGCAGGUUCAACGAGGAAGUGUACGUACCGUACAACUGGGAAGGUCACUACCCCAAUGGCGACGUCAUCCAACAUGGCGCCACCUUCAUUAGCUUGAGGUCCUUCUACAAGAACGAUCCGGACUGGCCUAAGGUUGAGGCUCAUUUGGCGGGAGGUGAGGCUCCCAAGUUCACGUACCACAGGUUCUGGGCGCAAUCUGAUGUCGCCUUGGCUCAAGGUACCUACGGAGUACUCUUCAAUGAAUAAAUGAUCUGGACUCUGGCGAUUAAUGAGUUUUUUUGAAUAAAUAUACUUUUUGCAUUU